CUGACAUGUGUAAUUCUAGCAGUUUUCCUUGAAAGCAGCUAAUAAUUUAUUUAUGAAGAGUCUGUGUUUUGAUGCAGCACAAGAAAAAGAUACUAUUGGGCAUUAAGCUGUAAAGAGAUUAUUAUUGCAGAUUCCACAUUUUCAUUUACCUAUUUGUUAGUAAAAUAUUUUUCCGAAGUAAGCAUGAAAUGUUCAGGAGUGGACUGUGUUGGCUACCAGGAACUAUCUCCUGAUCAACCAACUGUUCCAAAAUGGAGGAGUGUUAUCAUCAAUACUGGAGCUUCUCAGAGCACACUUCAGGACAUCAAAGUUCCUGCCUAUGGUGGGGGCUAUGCUUAUAAAGGCUCCUCUGCUCUCUCAAGCAACAGAUACAUUUUCUGGCGUGUGACUGAUGACAUCAUAGAGCUCUGGGAAGAGUGCCUCUCCUUUGACCUUGUUCAGAACUAUGUCAGCCUGAGGAUUGUUGGCUUACCAAUCUUGGAGGGGGUGAGCGCUCAUGAGAGCAGCGGCCGCCACGUGCGGCUGCUGGUGGCCACCAUUGCAUCCACGCAUUGCUUCACACUGCCUCACCCCGAUACCCUCAAGCUGGUAGGAGAGAGCAAAGGAGCACCGCAACCCUCUAUCUUGCGAGACCUCGAACAGAACUGUCUUGUGGACACCCACUCCAUGCACCUCCUCAGCUCACCUGCACUGGAGGUGGGGCGCAUCCAUGCCUGCUGCAGUGCUGUGUGCGGUGAUCGCGCCGUGUUCCUCUUUGGGGCGCCGGCAGCAGCCCUCCUCGUCAUCUCCAUGGACCCCAACGCGCGCCACCCUCCGCCGCCUGGUGCCGUUGACAGCACUUCAGUGACGCUGGUCAAGAACAACUCCCUGGUGAACAGACUCUUCCUGGGCUUCGUUCCUGGGGUUUUCAAAGCCGGGGAAAGUGGACGAGUUAGCAGCCUUUGCUGCGUGGUCCUCCGCAACGGAAAGCAGCAACAAGCGUACGGCGUGGGGGUGUGCGGGGACGCUCGUUUGCGGCUGUGGUGUCUGCAGCGCAGCGACUGCGUUAUAGUGCGCGACACUGCGGAGGAUACGGGCGAGACUGCCGCUGCUGGUGGGGGCGAGGGUCAUCGCGUUGUGUGCCGCCCCAUGGGUGACGGCAGCGCCGUAGUGGCGGUGUGGCUGAGCUUCGUAGAUCGUCACCUGCUUCUGCUGUACCGCCUCACGUCGCCAGGCUCCUCGGACGCCGCGUCUGCAGUACCACAACUCGCUCACCUCAGGACGCUCUUCCCUCCUCAGCAACGCCUGGUGGACUUGCAGCUGACGGAUGUGGACGUGUGGACGUUGUGGACCGACACGAACAGCGACAGCGAGGUGAUGCACUGCCCCAUAGAGUUGCAACAAGAGACCGACGCUGUGGCAGGGGCUGGAGGACUACAGGCAGCUUGCGCUCAGCCAGCUCCUCCGAAGACCGUGCCUCUAGCUGACCCAGCCCUGGACCCUAAAGAGGUCUACCUUCAGACCCUCUUCUUACCCAACACUUUCUCCCGCAGCUGCCUCACCAGAGCUCUUGCUAUCUAUGGCAGGAGCGGCAGCGACCAGACACCUCAGGAUGCUGUAGAAGAAACGCUCCGACAGCAGCUCGAGAACUCGUCCCCUCACGACGCCGGCCCCCAGGAGCGCUACGACCUGGCGCUUGAUGUAUGGGAGACCUUCUACAACCACGUCCUAGAGUACCAUCAGGUUGGGCGCAAGAGCCUCGGUCUGGUGUGUGGCGCUGAAGGCGAGGUGGCGGUGGUGAGGAGGGCGGGCGUCUCGUGGGUGGUGGCCGUGGAGGCUCUGGAGGCUCUUGUAGCGGCCGUCAUCGCGGCUCCUCCUUCGGAGGACCUCACGCAGCUGGUGCUGCGCUACGGUGCCUCGGCUGUCUUGUGCGGGGAUGCCUCGCUGGCGGCGAGUGUGGCUGGGGCGCUGCGCUGCGUGGCCAUAGUGCACAGCCUCAUGAACAGCGAGGUGGCCGCGGCCUUCGUCCUCGACAUGGCACAUCACACCCACCCUGAGGUCGUCGCUGAAGACGUGGCAUCAUCUCUGCUGUCUCAGGUGGUAGCCGGUGAUGAGGCCGCUGCCGUGCUGAGCUCAGCAGUAAGCGCCGUACCGAACUUCACCGCCGGCCUGCGCUGCGUACUCCAUGCGCUGAAGCUGGACUCCAAUAGAGCUCAGGACUCCGCUGAUCCCGCCCGCCCUUCUUCUCAGUGCCAGCUGUGGAGCUCGCUGGUGUCCGCGUCCUUGCACCAUCUGGCACAGUCGCGUUUCCAGCUGUGCCGGGACCUGCUCGUCCUGCAGCAGGCUGUUCUUCAGCUCUCUCAGUUGUGCCAUUUGAGCGCGGAUUGUGUGGGCGAGCUGAGGUCUAGUGUGGUGCAAGAGACCGUGCUUUUGUGUCGCGCCUACUACGCUCUUCUGUGCCUCACGCGGUCCCCUGCGACGCGACCAUCACAGCAGCUACUACACGACCUCACCAGGGCCCUAGCCGCCCUCGGUCUCCACGACACGGUGCCCUCUGUAGAGCCUCUGCCUCAAGGCGCCCUGCCGUCUACGGCCUUGUGUGCCAUCUUGCAGCAGGGCGCGUGUCGCUUGCAACCCCAGGGACCCUGGAUUACUUCUGUAGCUAAAGCUGUCAGGGACUUUGCCCGUGAGGCGUGGCCUCUACAAGACCGCAGUGGAAGCACUGAGCUGUUGGAAGCCCUGCUCUUCAGUGGUCAGGGCACAGCUGCUCUUCAUUACAUCAGACAGGUGAGCGGAUGGUGCGAGUGGAGCUUGUGCAGCCGCCACUUCCUGCUCGGGGUUUGCCUGUUGCUGCAGGGACAGCACCGUAAAGCAGCACGUGUGCUGCAGGAGGCCGCUGAAGGUUGUGCCUCUGAAGAACUCCUGGCGACAAGAGUCGGUGGUGGAGGCGAUACUGCGUUGCUCCGCUACACGCUACGUCUCGUCCGUCUUUUUGAAGUCUUCCAGGAACCUGUGCUGGCGUUACGUCUGGCGUCUAGCGCCCUCUGUGUGGAGCAACAUAGCACUGGGCAUAUGUCCCAGCUGUAUGCGGUGCUGUUCAAGCACCACUUGGCUCUUGGUCAUUAUAAUGAAGCGUUCACAGCGCUGCUCUCUAACCCUGAUCCUGAUGCUCAGCGUUCUUGUCUACGGCAGCUGCUAACGACGCUCCAUAACUCUGGGUGCUUGAGCACAUUGGUGGGCUACCAGUAUGGGCACCUCACAGGUGACGUCGUGAGCAUCCUCGAGAACAGAGCGCGCUCUUCAUCUGACAUCCUGCAGAAUAACUACUACCAUCUUCUCUAUGCCUUCCAUCUCCAUCAACACAACUAUAAACGAGCGGCGAGUGCAAUGUACGAGUGUGCAAUGCGCCUCGACAGCGGCGGUGAAGCAGGAUCAGAAGAGGCGCUGAAGCUUCAACUAAAGUGCUACUUGGCUUGCCUCAACUGCCUCGAGCUGCUACCUCCCAGCGAGGCCUGGAUACUCAAGCCUAAUCCUUUGAAUACUCAGCCGAGCCCGGCACUUGACACCACGACCAAGCAGACACGACGACUAAUUGGUUCUAGCGCAGGAGCGUCGGCCCGCCGUGUGAAGGGGGCGGCGGCGGUCGAGGUGCUCGAGGUGCCACAGAUUGGCAACGAGUUCGAGAUCCUACACGCACGCCUCAGCCUCGCCAGGAUGGGCACGUCCUGCAGCAUCGGCAUCAGCAACGUCGGUGACGCGGACUCGCUGAUUUCGUUGCUGUGCCACGCGCGGCUGUACAAAGACGCAGUGAAGCUCUGCGCCAGGCUGGACCGCAGCCUGCGACCCGUCGUCGCGUCGCUCGCUGGGGUCUGCGUGGCCGCUGAUCAGGCAGCCGACGCACAACACAACGCUGCGUGGCUCAAACACAACGAUGUCACGAACGUUAAUGGUGGCUGGUGGGAUCUUCUAAGAGAGCUGCUGGAGCGGGAAAAAGGGAACAAGAGCGAGCUGCAUCACACGGCUACUGCCGCCAUCUUGGACCUGAACCACGGCCUCCCUCCUUGGCUCCCACUUUCUUAUUGUCGGCGCGACUGCGGCGGCUUACUGAAGCUGUUGCUCCGCCACGGUCUGCUGGACGCGUCAGCCCAGCUGGUCCUGCGGCUCAUGGACGCCCUCACCCUCGGCCGUAAUGCUGAAGAAUUCGGCCUUAGUGGUGCCGUGCACAGCAACAGCCCUCCUGUGUGGGUCCCGUAUUCGGCCCUGGACCAACUUUUGCUGGAGCUGCAGGCCAACUCCCACCACUCUCACUACGAGCAGAUGCUAUCAGUGCUACAGCAACGGCUGGACAGUUACCGCAAUGCCCUUGCACGCGUGUCCAACGACCGCUUGCUUCUUGCUGCUUGAACCAUCUGUCACGUGAUCUUCACAUUUGUUACGGUAAUUUCUUCGUCACGGCUCCCAAAACUUACUACAGCGCUGGACCCGUCGCUGAAGUUGACGAUGACUGCCAAGUUUUAAUAACAUAAAUUUAACCCGUUUACUGAA